UUCUUUGUUUGUCCUUUAAAUUGCGUAAAUAAAUAAAACCCGUUUAAAUUUAUUGAGAACUGUGAAAUUAGUUAAUUACCACAGAAUGUAACACUAUAAUGCUUUAUCUAGUAACAUUACUGAACACUGUUUUACGAGUAAAGCGCAUCCACACAUGAGUGACAGAAAAGGACAAAGUGUCCAAACACACAGAAAAACUCCUGCUGAAUCAACUGAGAUCCAUGUGACACACUAUUAAAAAGAUGGAGUUUAUUAAAGAGGAGAAAGAAGAUGUUAAGAUUGAAGAAACAUUCAGAGUCAAACAAGAAGAUACUGAGAUACAGACAGACCUGAAAGAGGAAACUGAAGAACUGAAUGAAAUGCAAGAUAGAGAUCAGUAUAAGAAACAUGAUUUCAUAACUGGGCAAAAAUCAUUUAGUUGCUCACAGACUGCAAAGAAUUUCUCACAAAAUAUAACUCAAACAACUGAAACUAGAAGUCAUUUCACCUGCCAACCAUGUGGAAAGAGUUUCAGUAAACAAGGAAAUCUUAAAGUCCACGUGAGAAUUCACACCGGAGAGAAACCUUGCACCUGCCAACAGUGUGGAAAGGGUUUCCCUGACAAAGCAAACCUUAAAAAACAUAUGAGAGUUCACACUGGAGAGAAGCCUUUCACCUGCAAACUGUGUGGAAAUACUUUCACUGAAAAAGGAAACCUUAAACAACAUAUGAGAGUUCACACAGGAGAGAAGCCUUACACUUGCACACUGUGUGGAAAUAGUUUCCCUCAGAAAGGAAACCUUAAAAAACACAUGAGACUUCACACCGGAGAGAAGCCUUACACCUGCAAACUGUGUGGAAAUAGUUUUACUGAAAAUGUAACUCUUAAAAGGCACAUGAGAAUUCAUACUGGAGAGAAGCCUUACACAUGCCCCCAGUGUGGAAAUAGUUUCACUCAACAAUCAAACUUUAACAGGCACAUGAGAAUUCAUACCAGAGAGAAGCAUUAAUAGUAGGGAUGGGUAUCGUUUACAUUUUAUCGAUAACGAUACCGAUACUGCUUAUCGAUACUGUUAUCGAUACUAUUUGGUGCAAAAAAUAGUUGGAAAAGAUGAAAGUUGUUGAAAAUUAGAAAAAGUUAUUUUAUUACUGCUGAACUUUAGCAACUGUAUUAAAGUUCUUCAUUCAAGA